UUAUAAAUGCUGUUGGCAACUUACAUAGUUUGUUAAAAUGUAAAUAUUUGUUUUGAACAACAAUAAUAAAAAAAUGUCUGACGAAGAAGAUUAUAUGUCUGAUAAAUUUCUUUCCGGAGACGUCCGCCCGAGUCUUGUUCAGCAAUCAAAGAGCAAAAGAGAACUCGCCUUGGAGGACCAGAAAAAAGAGCACAUUAAACGACAAAAGCAAGAAAGUAGGUUGCGCAAAGGAAUUGUAGAUGCUAAAACAUUGGAGGAGUCCUUGAAAAAGCCAAUUGAAAAGCAUAAUAAAGGUUUCCAAAUGCUGGCUAAAAUGGGCUACAGACCUGGACAAGCACUUGGCUCUAAGCGAUCAUGUAAUCUGGAAGAAAAGCGACUUUUGGAACCAAUCCCUAUUAGUGUUAAAUCAGAUCGUGGUGGCUUGGGUCGCGAAGCAGCUUUACUUGAUUUAUCGGAAAAGCGGCGACAGAUACGAGAAAAACAAAUUCGUGAUAGGCUAGGAGGAGAAGAAGUUUCAGUAGAGCAGUUUCGUAAACGUGCCCAACUAAAAGCUGAGGAACGUUUUGCAAUUGGCGCUUUAAAACGUUGUCAGCUAUCUUGCGAAACACUUGACUUGGAAAACGGAGUUGAAGUAGCGGAACUAAGCUGGUUCUGGCCAGAGCGACAGUCGUAUUUGGAUGAGGACGUUUCGGAUGAAAAAGGGAAUGAAGAAAAAAACAUUGAGGCAGCAGACGAUGAUGAUGAAGUCUUUACAUCCAUAGAUAAACUUGAAAUGAUAACCAAUUAUUUACGUACCGCCUAUUUAUUUUGUUUCUGGUGUGGAGUGCGGUAUAAAGAUCAAGAAGAUAUGAAUAGUAAUUGCCCAGGUAAAAUGCGUGACGAUCAUUGAGAUACUACUUUGUAUAGAAAUCAAACCACAAAGGUACAAUUAUUUGGCUUAAAUAUUAUUAGGCUAUAAAAACAAAUAUAGAAAAUUACAAUUAUGCUA